UCCUCCGCUCCGCCGCCGAGAUUAAUGCGCGGCUCCUGCCCCACCGUGCAGCGUGUGGCUGUGCCGGGGAGCCCCGAGUGUUGGUCAGUCGCUGCCAUGACAACCCUCGGAUGUCGGCGGGCGCGCGCGAGAGGGAUUCAGAGGAGAUGCUCCCGGCGAGGAGGGAGAGCGGAGCGGGGAUGCUGAAAUUGGCGGCGGCGGUGGCGAAGAAGAAGAAGAAGCAGGAGGAGGAGGAGAGAAAAUCAGCGGCGGCGAGAGCAGGAGGAAUAGCAGCUGCCAACGGUUCCCGCUCGCUACUCCUGCCAGCCCGCGUCCUUUAAAGUGCUGGAGAGAGGCAGCCGAGCCUGGUCCGAGGGGUUCCUCUCUGGCUAUCUGUCUCUCUGCCGCUCUACCUGGAGCUCGCUCGGGUGGAAACGGAGAGAAGCGAGCGAAAGCUUGCCCUUUGCAGAGCCUGCCAGGCAGUGGGAGCGGGCUGGGUCCCCCCAAACCCCAGCCUUGCGAACCUUCCUUGGACUUUGGAGAGCUCUGUCUUGACGCAAAGGAAGUUUGGAGUGACAUUCUGUGUGUGCGGAUUGUAAUUUAUAUAGGAUCAUUGGAGAAGGCUUUCUUGCAGCGCCCAACUUGCCCCUCUCCCUAUCCUUGGGGUGUCCCCCCCCUCUCGGUCCUCCCUUCGUAUUUCCUGCUCAAGAGAGCGGGUGGAAGAGAGAGGGAGAGAGAGUUGCAUUGCCCUCCCUUCUUGGGUUAUAAACUUUUGAUGCCGGAUCUGCGCAGCGCCUGCCCGACGGAAUCUUAAGGUGGCAUCAGGGAAAAAAGAAGGAAAAACAGGCGGGGAAGAAGAGCCGUGACCUUCCUUCUUUCCUCUCUCUCUCUCUCUCUCUCUCUCUCUCUCUCUCUCUCUCUCGUCUCUGAGCUCAGCCCCGUGCCAGCCGCCUCCUCCUCUUCCUCCUCCUCCUCUUCUGCUCCCCUCAACCUCCUGCACCCGGCACCCAAGAAACACUGGGGACCACUUUCUAGAUGCUGUUUGGGAGCUUUGGAUCUCCGGUUUCGGAUUGCCUCUGGGGACUUUGCUAAUCCGUCCGUCAGGCGUCCCCUUCUCCGUCUCUCUUCUCUGCCUUCCACCCCCAAAGAGCCUCUUCAGUUCAUCUCUUUCCCACUACCACCGUUGCCUAUCUUUGCCUUGAGGAAAGCCCAGGAUGGGGGUCGGUGGGUGCUUAGUCCUGCCCUGGCGGUGCCUGGUCGUCCUGUCUCUCAGGCUCCUCUUCCUUGUGCCCGCAGGAGUGCCAGUGCGCAGCGGAGAUGCCACCUUCCCCAAGGCGAUGGACAACGUGACCGUCAAGCAAGGAGAGAGCGCCACCCUCAGGUGUACCGUGGAUGACAGGGUGACACGAGUAGCUUGGUUGAACCGCAGCACUAUCCUUUAUGCUGGAAAUGAUAAGUGGUCAAUAGAUGACCGGGUGGUUAUCCUCACGAACACCAAAACCCAGUACAGUAUCAAGAUCCAUAACGUGGACAUAUAUGACGAAGGACCUUACACCUGCUCUGUACAAACAGACAAUCAUCCAAAGACAUCACGAGUCCAUCUUAUUGUGCAAGUUCCUCCACAGAUUAUAAACAUCACCUCAGACAUCACCGUCAACGAAGGCAGCAGUGUCACCCUUUUGUGCUUGGCCUUUGGGAGACCAGAACCAACAGUCACAUGGAAGCACCUGUCUGGCAGCAAAGGUCAGGGAUUUAUGAGCGAUGAUGAGUACUUAGAGAUCACGGGGAUCACCAGGGACCAAUCUGGGGAGUAUGAAUGCAGCGCUGUUAAUGAUGUCGCCGCACCUGAUAUCCGAAGAGUCAAAGUCACCGUAAACUAUCCUCCGUCCAUCUCCAGUGCCAAGAACAAAGGCGUCUCAGUUGGCCAGAGGGGGACCCUGUCCUGCGAAGCCUCAGCUGUCCCUGUAGCGGAAUUUCAGUGGUUUAAAGAAGAAACCAGAUUAGCCAAUGGGCUGGAUGGCGUGAGAAUUGAGAACAAAGGCCGGAUGUCCACACUAACCUUCUUCAAUGUAUCAGAGAAGGAUUAUGGCAACUACACCUGUGUGGCCAUCAACAAGCUGGGAAACACCAAUGCCAGUAUAAUUCUGUAUGAGAUAAGUGAAUCUCCACCACUAGCAGGCCCAGGAGCAGUCCACGAUGGCAACAAUGCAGCUUCCAGAGCGAUGGCUUGCCUCUGGCUAUCAGGCACCCUCUUUGCUCAUUUCCUCCUCAAGUUUUGAUAAGAAAAGCGAGGGUCCUUGCAGAUGACGCCUGGCUUCUCCCACACCACAGACUUUUAACCAUCCACACUGCUGGGGGGUGGGAGGGGGUUAAGAAACAGCAACAGCCGUCUACAGCUUGAACAUACUGCCGGAAGGGCAAGGGGAGGGGGAGGACCAGCUGGGUUCCAGGUCAAGCACCCAUUCAGGAUCGGCCAAUCAUGGGCAUUUCCCAAAAGCAGAAUUAGUUUUCAUUUCCCUUCCCUUUGACCCCACCACCCUUCGAAAAUACCCUAUUUAUAUAUUAAAAAGAAAAAGAAAACAUGUCAACCUCUCAUUUUACCAUCCUCAGUGGAGCCCACCCCAAAAAUUGCCCCAGGAGAAUGAGACCACUUGGUCCUGAGAGAUGAUGCACAACAGGAAGUCGGGGAGGGGGGGAAGCAAGUCAAAAAGUGUCCUAUUAUCUCUGUGUCUCUUGAGCAAAAGGAUUGUUCUUUCUACUUGUAACACUGUACAUACCUGUUCAUGUUUCUAAGUGUCCGAUUACACUCUGGUUUCAACUCGCUUCCGUCUGGGUGGAUGUUUUCAUGGGGUUGCAACCCUGCCUCCAAUGCCAUCCUCUUGCCCCAUUCCCUCCCACCCUAGCAUAUGGAUUGAAUAUGGAAGCAUGAGGGCUGGGAGGGACGAUGGUCCGCUCACACAUUCAGACAGAGAUUUCCCCCACUCUGGGGAGCACAUGAAAAGGAAGUCUGGGGUGUGCCCGGCUUCCUCUCCCCUCUUUUUAAACUCAGAGUGACUCCUCAAUCUCGAUAAAUUGACAGAACAGCAAGUCAUGCGUCUCCCAUUUAUCAGUAUAAUCAUACCACUGUUCUGCCCAUUCACCCAUCCAUCUAAUUAUCCAUCCAUCUAAUUAUCCAUCCAUCUGCCUUUCCAGCCAUAUAUUUGCCAUAUUUAUCAAUCUAUCAAUGUAAUUAUCUGGAGUCCCCCCCCUUUUUAAUCUGAAUAUCUCCUUCUCGGUUCCCCAUCUGCACUUCCACCCAUCCAUCAGUAUAAUCACCUUUAUUGAGUCACACCUUCAUGUAGUCAACAUUUAAAUUCCUCAUAAUUUAACCCAUUAUUAUUUUGAAAUUUUGUGGGAGCCUCGUCUCUCUCUUUUUUUCGGGAGGGGGUGCCUUUUCUGUAAAAGGAGGACAUUGAGGGGCAAUUCACAUAGGGUCCAGAACCAGUGGCACAGAUAAACAAAUAGGGUACGUUAUAAAAUCAAAGAGAAUUGUGACCACAAAGGCAUAGCAUUCAGUAGCACUCUGCCAGAUACGCUUAUGCAGAAAUCAUUGGUUUUUAUGCCUCUCAUAUCCUUGCCUUAAAAUGGCAUAAACCUGUCCCUAACUAAAUUUUUGCAGUUCUAAGCAUUGCCUUAAAAGUAAUUCACUAAAGAUGACAUUGUGGUUAUUAUUUUUUGGGGGGGAGUAUUCUACCAUUUAUUACAGUGCUCCCAAUAUUCUUUAGCAUAUGGUCUUUAAAAUAGAUUUGGCACAUCAUCUCUCCAGCCCAAAUUUGCCCUGCCAUCCCCUUUGUCCACUGACAAGUCCAUCCCAUCAUAAGCUGCCAAUGGGGGUGGGGGAGCAAUUCCUUUGCUAGUUUAUUGGGACAUUCGCCUGGCAUUUGUUUAAGAACCUUUUGAGCAGGGGGGAAUUGAGCACCAACUCUUUCCAAGUAUUUAAUUAACAUUGAAGGGGAGGGGAAAGGAAACGGGAAGGAGAAAUCAAGAAAAUCAUGAUUUCCUGUAUCUCUGAGGCUCUCCUCUGAGCCCUAAAAAAAAAAGUAAAAAAAAAGUCGGGGGAUCUUUCAGGUCGCUGUUUGCUAAAGCCAAGCAAUGGAUCACAUUGUCAAAAGUUUCAUUUCACUCUGAGGACUCAGUUUCUGAAAUUUCUGGCACUGCCCACUCCUUGCCUGACGGGUGCAGGACAUGACCUACCACGGAAAGCCACUUCUGCCCAAACAACAACAGAGGUUGUGGCAGAGAAGGAGUUCUGGUGCCAACAAGGAGUGCAGAAAUCUAUUUUCUGGGACGUGAUGUCUUUGGAAUCUAUUUUGUGGACUGAAAGCAUGACAACGACAGACAUCUACCAAGGUUGAUUUGGAGAGAUGUACUAUCAACAGGUCAGCGCUCUUUAAAUCAAACAUUGCCCAUUUCAGAUCUUGCCCCAGGACUGAGUAGGACAAAUGGGGAUGAAUAGAGUAAACACACACUAUUUUAUGAAGACCAGCUGUGUGGGGGAACCAGUUAGCUCUCUGUCGAAUUGAUGCUGUUUCCUCUGUUAUGCAUACAGGUGGGAAAAGAGAUGGAAAAACUAGUAACAACAGUUUACCCAUGCUACAUUUUUUUUCCUCUUAGACAACUUUCCCCAUAGAAUGAUGGUCUCAAGACCAUCCUGUACAAGUCAAGAAUGGGAGUCAAGUCAAGACUGGAAGUCCCAAAAGCAGUAAGGAAGUAUGAUGCCUGAUGUACUGAGCUGCUAACAGCUAUGUCUUGGGAGCACUAAAAUGACCUUGUGGAUGGCAAGUGACUGGUGGUGAUUCCCAAUGGGUCUACCUGGAUGAUUCAAGGUGUCUAGAUUAUCUAUACAUGUAAAACACGAAUGAUUUAAAAGAGUCUGAUAUUUACUUAUACAAGACUAAACAUUUGGGUGGUAUAUUCAUUUUUUAUAAGCAAAACAGGUUGAAAGGCUCAGACUUUGCUUUGACAUGAAUGAUGAACACAAAUCCACCAUAAAUGCAUUAUUAUUGAAUGUACAGCCUUUGCUUCCCAUAGCUUAUUUUUUUUCUGCUGAAAGUAGCAAGCUUUCCUUCAUGUAUCAAGAAAUGGAGACGUAGUAGUCAGGCCCUUAUGGGGGGUGGGGAAAAGGGAGGAAGAUAAGAGAGAGAAUUGGCGCAUAUGGCUUCUGAACAUGUUUUUGUUGUUCCGUCAAUUUUAGCAUAUGCGGUCCUUCCAAUAGUGGAAUGGUGGGGCAGCGUACCUAAACACAAACACAAACACACACACAAUACCUUCUAAGGAAGGAAAAGCACCUUAACUGGAAGGCUGCACAGAAGCAUGUUACUAUGAAGAGAGCAAAAUCACAAGCCACUGGGAUGCUGAUUGAAUCUCUACAAGGAAUUUGCAGCAGUGUCUUUUAAUGCAAAAUAGUUUUGUGCUCCAGCUGAAUUGCUUUGCUGGAUGAAGUCAAAACUCAGCUAGAUGCCACUUCAUGCUUAUGAUGGAGAUGGCCUUUCACAGUCUAGCCUCUAAGGAUAUGGGAGAGAUUUGACUUGUUAUGAUUCCAGCAACAGGUUGAGUCUACUGGAUUGUUUUAUUAGUGGUGUGUGUGGGUUCUUCAGCUAUGUUCCUAGUUGACUUAGAUCAAUGUCAAAGUUGACCUAAGCAUAAGAACUGUUGUGCUUGAACUGGCUCUGGAAGUCACUAGAUAGAAUUCUAGGGCCUCUUGUUCCUUGGACAGAAUUGGUGUAAACCUGGAGACACAGAGCGUCAUUAGUCCCAAAAGGAUGACUGACUGUAACAGAGUUGUGGGUGGAAGAGACACUGUAACUUUCAAAAACAGGCUAGGGAAAUAAAUUAUAUUUAAAAUCCUGCUAGGAAACUCCUGAGGGUUUAAAUAUGGAAGUUUCGCUGAGCAAUCAGCUCUAGAAAGCUAAUCCCAGGCAAUUCUAUUCUGCAAGCAUUGUGUUGAUUUUGCACGCCAGUCUCUGGUACCGGUACCUUGUCUUAGAAUGUCCUGCAAGCCCCAUGGAGGAGGGCUGGAACUAAGUGGAAGGAUUUGAGGAGAACCUCUACCUUCAAAUGAUGAUGACAAUGAUGAAGUUCUGUUGGAAGUUUUCUGUAAGGAAAGUGGAUAAUUCCUUCCAGAACCAUGUGCACUGAAGAACUGGUGAUUCACCAUGUACUAAAUUUGCCUGAUAGCCGUUAAAAUUAAGUGCCUGAUGCAUGGUGUUUGCAAAUAUUAUCUAGAUGCAUUCAGAACAAAGUUCUUUAAGAGGUGUGUUUUGAGGGCUGGACAGCUCCAUGCACUGGCCCUCUGGUACCCUGAGAUCUGCAGAUUAAGGGUGGUAUACAAAUUUAAUAAAUAAUAAUAAUAAUAAUACAAAGCUUAGCUGUGACUGGGAGUGGCGCAGCAAACAUGGGCCUCCAUUCAUACCAGCGAGGCCUCGCAGGAAGCUUCCAGUCUGGCUUCACUGAAAUGAAUGGAGAUUGUGCAGCACCAGCACUUGGUAAGUCAUAUCCGUUGGUUGUGAAUGAACCCAAGUGCAGUUGCCUGUGCCCAUUCACUUCAGUGAGACUUUGUAUGAGUAGCUGGACCCAGGAUUGCAGCCAUUGAUCCUUAUCAUAGUCACUUAAGUCUCAUUGAAAUCAGUAGGAUAAGUUAGCUGUGAACAGCAUGAAUCCUAGUAACAUCCAUUUGUUGGAGGAGGCUUCACAUCUGAGGCUUAAUGAGGCCCUUCUGCUGUGAAACAUUGGAAGUUGCCUUAUACUAAGAAAAAAGUUUUGUAUUGCCUUCACAGUGAUUAGGAGUGGUUCUCCAAAGUUUCAGACAGGAGUCUUUGGCAGCCUUCACCGCCUUCACUGCUUGAAGUACUAUGAUACCACUUUAAAUGGUCGUGAUAUCUGGGAGCGCUAGUUUGUAAGGGUUCUGUGAGGUGACAGGAGACCCCCUUGUUUCCUUCCCAGAGUGGUUUAACAACCAAUCCCUCAUCACAGGAACUUGGGGAAUUGUAGUUUUCGUUUUGGGGGGUGUUAAGGGGUCUCUCCUAAAAACCUCCAGCAAUCUCAAAAAAUCAAAGCUCCCACCCCAAUAUUCUUUGUGGGAAGCCAUGACUGUUUAAAGUUGCAUCAUAGUGCUUUAAAUACAUGGUGCAAAUGUAGACUUUUCUGACCCUAUCUAGGGAUGUGUGUAUGAGAGAGAGCCUGGGACUACUUUGCAGAGGAUCUGCCACUGAACUGUACAGCACAUCCUAUCAACACAAGGACCCCCCUCCCCCCACAUACACUUAAAAUCUGUUCAAAGGGUCCUCCCAUCCUUCCAGAGCAGGUUUGGGGAGCCUGUGGGAUGUGCACGGGAAGAAGAGAGGGGCAAAAGUCCCAUUGCACAAGUGGAAAUCCUUUCACUGACAGGACAGGUUAGUUGAUUGCCACUAUUCGUAAUGGGAAUGCAAAGGCUGCAUUGGCCAGAAUGCUUGUUUGCAAUACAAAUCAUUUAUCCUUGUCCAAACUGAUAAUGCAGAUAGCAUGUGAGAAGUUGAAGGGCAGUGUGAACCUCACUUAUGUAUGAAGAGCAUGCUGAAUUGCUUCAGGAAGAUGCUUUGGCAUCUUCCAAAAAUUAUCCUCCCCAAGAAAGCAGAAAUACAGGGCAGGGCCACACUGUUCAUUUAAAUCACAUCUAACACACAUUUUAAGCACACACCUUUCCCCCAAAGAAUCCUGGGGACUGUGGGAACUGCAAAUUAUAGCUCUGCGAGGGGAAACUUCAGUUCUGUGAUUCUUUGGGGGAAGUCAUGUGUAUUGAAUGUUCUUUCAAUGGCUGGUGUGGAUCUACCCAUACUAUAUAAAUCUCCAAGCGACACCUGUGUUAGAAUCAAGCUUAAUGUCAAUGUGCCACAAGGCAUUUUGUAUGUGUGUAGGGGGGGAAUAAUAAUAGCCAUCUUCAAGUAUCUGAAGGGCUGUCGCAUGGAACAAGCCUGUUUUCUGCUGCUCCAGAGGGAAGGGCCCAAACCAGCAGAUAUAAAUUACAAGAAAGGAGAUUCUGACUAAGCAUUAGGAGGAACUUUCUUAUGGUAAGAGCUAAUUGGCAGUGGACUGGAGUAGCCUGAAAGGGGUGAACUUUCCUUCACUUGAUGCUUUUCAACAGAGGUUGGCUGGCUAUCUGUCAAGGAUUAUUUAGCUGUGAUUCCUGCAUUGCAGGUAGUUGGACUAGAUGCCCUUGGGGGCUCUUCCAACUCUACAGUUCUAUGGUUCUAUGAUUUUAAUAAUAUGUAUGCAACUUAGAUCAUUUUCAACCAAAUAAUAGUAACACCUCAACAUUUUUUAAACACACAUACACAGAGACAAGAAAUUGUAGGUCAAAAACAGCCAACUUCCUUUCUUUGCUGCCAAUAAAAAUAAUAAGGAAUGGUUUCCUGGUGCUUAUUAACAAGGAAUUCAACAACAACAAAAUAGAGGAAGUUUGCAACAAAGUCUGGUACAGCAAAAUUGUGGUGUCUUUCUUAAAAUCCUCAUGAAAACUGGCAGAAGACUGCAUUCUACACAUAUGCCUGAUGGCUAGAGUUCCUGAUCAAGAUGAUGCAGCGGUCAAUCCUCCUCCCGAAGAAGAAUCUUCUCAAAUGCAUCUUUUGAGCAUCCAUGAGCAGCAAUUUCAGAAAGCUGUGGAUGCACAUUGGACACGCUCCUUGCUGCGCCAAGGAAAGGGGUGCAACAGCCUUGCGGAAGAACUGCUCCUUACUGCCGAAACGACAGUCUUUGCCUCUCACCAUGGAGAGGCUUGGAGAAAGGGAAAGCCAAAGACUUCACACCAUGACAGCUUCUGAUCUAUAUGCUUCACAACCACCAACAGCAAAAGUUUAAGCCAUUUGUGUGUUUCUAGAUUUGGGGAACUAAAAGGAAAAAUUAUGUACAAAUUCCCCUCCAUGCACACACACACAAACAAAAGGGGGAGUUCCAAAUAAACUUUAUAAAUGGCAAGCAUUAUACCUACUGGCAUCUGAGAACAAGCCUUUUAAAAACAAAUAAAUGCCAAAGUCUGCUCUACAUUCAUUCGAGGACAAACGCUCUCUGCAGUUUUAGAAGCAUAGAAGAAUACAUUUGAUCUAUGUAUAUUAUCCAUUAAGGCUGCAACCCAAAGCUUCAUGGAGGUUCCUGUGUGCAUGUGAGGCUCCAUGAAAGCUCAUGUGGAGCUCUGUGAACAUCCUCAGAGCUGUUGCAUGCAAACCAGAUUGGAAUAUAAGUAGCCAACGCUUCCGGAUAAAGGCUUGGUCAUGUUCCCUAAAACUUGCAUAUUUCGUAAAUCUGCAUUCACCCUGACUGUAGAUCCCUGUGCAAUCAUAGAUGUACAGAGCUUUCCUGCACAUAUGGUGUUCCCCUUUCAGUUCAUAAGGGUUUAUUCUGUGCACUGAAAUAUUCUUUUGGGUCUGCUCCCUCCAGUGAAAUGAAUGGGGAAGCCCUACAUGCGCCCAGGAGCUCCCAUGCCUAGGAAAGAUGACUGAGCAAAACAAGUGUGUCAGAUUUUGUUCAGGUCUGCUUAAAACAAAACCCAACCUGCUAGAUUUAAGGCCAAGACAACUAAAGGGAAAAUUAAACGCAUCUGUCUCAAAAGCAAACAAUGUUGACGCCUGGUCCUUUGCAUCAAGGACAUCGAUUAUGGCUCCCCACCAUACACAGUUUCGUGAUGGAGACUCUCCCUUAGCCCCGAUGAAACCACACCACUCACUCUUCUAAGUUAAGCAAACAAAAAUAAGACCCAGAAUUGAAUAAUUGCUUCUGUUUGCAGCUACUGGGGAGAUUUUUAUUUUUAAGGGGGGGGGGAAUCAUUCAAGUUACUUGUGCAAUGUAUAAGUGCAAUUGUGAGGAAAACAUGUUGGGUGUAUGAAACCGUUAACCUGUCAGAUUUCAGAGUCCUUAUCUUUGCUAGAAUUACACGUUCUUCUGUGACUUAUCAAUGGUGCAAUUCUUCCAGCUGUGUCAAAGCUAUGGGCGUGAACAAUGUUUUCACACAAUUUUAUCCUUUUAAAAAAAGAAAACUUAAAAAAAUAAGCAAAGUAGUAAAUCAAUUAUCAGUGUUAAAAUGCUUUAAUGAGAAAAAAGAAAAAUCAAAUGGAAGUUUUCAAAGGCUUUUUUAAUUUAAUUUUAUUUUAUUCUGUCCGCCUUCUAGAAAAAACUUUUAAAAUUUAUUUUUUUGAUCUCUUAAAGCAAACAAGAUCAAGUCUCUUUUUCCUGUCAAUAAUCGUAUUAAAAAGGGUGAAUAUACUACCUGAAUUUUGUGCAUGUUACAUUGUAGUUGUAACCUUUUCUAAUUCAGGAAGAAUAAGAGAUGGUUGUGAUUGUGCAGUGUAUCAAUAAAGUUUGACGAAAUUUGUACCUUU